CCUACACAUUCAUUCACACGUAGAUUUUCAGGAAUUUUGAGUCUUUGAUUGGUGAAUUGAAUGGAUAUAAAAAUAUACUGAUAAGAAAUGGAAAACAGAGAAGCGAUUGUUUAGGCUUUAUUUGUAAAUAAUCAAGUUGAUGAUAAAAAGCUUGCGAUUACACACGUCCACCGCUGUAUACAUGUCAAAAUAAUUAUGCGAAAUAAAUAAUAUUACUUAUUUAAAAUUCGACUGUGGUCGAAAUGUGUUGAUGAGUGUUGUACAAAAGAGUCGUAAGCAAUUGAAGUGCAGCUACAGUACCUACAUACUUACUAGCUGAAAGAUGGCUCUGGGAGGAUCAACUUAUUUAAAAAGCGCCACAAUGCUUGAACAAUUACUGGAGGAAAUCAAUUUUCAAAGGACCAAAGAGAUGCGUCAGCUGAUGAAGGAUGAUUGCGGUUUCGUAGUUUUGCAAGGAACAACGUACUGGACAGAUCUGUUUGUGCGGCACUUCCUGUUCCAAGAGGAGCAGUCGAUAGACUGCGACGACUUGUUGUUUUUUGUUAGGAAGCGACACGUGAAGGGAUCCUCCCGCUACCUGCCCAAGUACGAGACCGACGUUGAGGUGUUCCGCAAGGAUUCCAAGAAAUUGCCCAUCGGAGACCCAGAAAUCGACUGGGAGGAGACGGUCUAUCUUAAUCUGAUCGUGCAUCAGUUCGACUAUACGCUAACGCUGGCCAUCUGCACGCGGACCAGCCCCAAGGAGCUGCAGGUCCUCAAACGGCACUCGCAAAAGGUGUACGCGUCGCCGAGCCGCCGCAAGAUGGACACCAAGGGCGAGGGCGAGGAGAUGACAUACCCCCACAUCUGCUUUAUGGUGGACAACUUUGAUGAGGUGUUCUGCGACAUAGUGGUGCGUGACGGGGAGAUGGUGUGCGUGGAGCUGGUGGCGCGAGGCCGCGGCUGCGCGCCCCAGGCCGUCAUAUUCCUCGGCUCCAUCCGCUACGACAUACUCACCAGGGUCUACGACUCCAGACAAACGUCGUUAUCGACGAAAGUGGCGCAGCGCAUGUCUUUCGGCCUGCUGGGAGGGAAGGCGGCGGCGCGGUGCGAGUUCGUACGAAUGAAGGGGCCCAGCGGUAAGGGGCACGCCGAGAUGGCGGUGUCCAGGCCGCGAGCCGCCGGGCUCGAUACACCUACUUCUGAGCCCGGAUUGUCCGCCACCGACAUGUGGGACAGCGACUGGGACGACGACCCCGAGGAGAUGUUCAUGUACAGACACCAGCGCCGACUGAGCGACCCGAGCGCCAACAUCAACAACUUCGUGCGCGGCGGGUGGCGCACGCGGGACUCGCGCGACAAGAGCCGCUCCGAGAACGAGGGACUCGACUCCCUCGUCAACGGCAUCGCCGAGGUGGAGGCCGGCGAUCUGCGCGACGAGCUGGACGACGGUGCGUACAACCCGCUGUGGGCGAUGCGUGGGUUCACGCAGACGUUCCACCUGUGGAAGGAGGGCAAGCGCCAGCAGUCCACGCCGCUCAACGCGUACCUCACCUACGUCACGCUGCCCUGGUGGACCAUCGCCAAAGAUAUCCUGGACCACCGCGAGGAGCCGGUGCUGACGUUCUGAGCUCGAGCCGACUGACCUGACGCCGGACACCCUCACGGACACUCCGUGCAGCGAACUAACGCACAAACAUCGACAUCGUUCCACUUAUCUAUAAGUAAAUAUGUUCCAAAUGAUACUGCCCAGAGGUAGUGGAUCAAUAAUACCUACCAUAACACGGUUACCAAACGCUGACAAUAUUCCCUCCAAAAACUUGCGCUCGCCUACACUGCGAUUUGUACACGUGUAAUAUUUUAUUUUUGCAAAGCAUAAUAAACUAAGAUCCAAAUUGUCAGACACCUCCAGGAUACCACUCGGAAGCUUUUUAUCAACCUAUUGAUUAGUUUUUCACUAAUCAAUUGAUUGAACAAUCGAGUCAAGUGUUCGAUAAGUGAUACCCAUUGGUCAAUGGUAGUUGGGGAACACUUUAGACCGAACUAUCGACUACCACCUUAUAGUAAUUUCAAUGGGUAUGAUGUAUUCCAGAGCAGCAAGUUUUAGGCGUGAAUGUUGCCAGCAUGAUACAAUUAAAUGCUUAAUGAGCCGGUGAAGGUACCGGCGUACAUAUUGUUCUUCCAAAAGCGAUGUUGAGUUCCCGGGGCUUCCGCGACACGAGCUAGUGUGAGUGUGUGGACAGGAGUAGGAGGCAGUAGGUGUGUGGGUGUGAGCAUUGAUUGCCUUACUGUCGCGGCGACUACUUAUCAAUAUAUCGGUGUCGUGAGUCGUGAUGUGGUCAUUGAUAUUACUAGUAAGCUUCGCUCUUCACCUGUGGUCGUUCGACUCCCAUCACUAGUAAUGCAGUUAUUAACAUAGUCAAAACAGUACUAACGCCAUC